AUGUUUGCUUUUGUGUCGCGCCGUACUGCUGUGAACGCCACCCGCCUGGGUGUCCGUGCCAAGCACACUCUCCCUGAGCUGCCUUACUCGUACGGUGCGCUCGAGCCUGCGAUCUCGGGCCACAUCAUGGAGGUGCACCACGGCAAGCACCACCAGACGUAUGUGAACAACCUGAACAAGGCCCAGGCCGACCUCGCCGACGCCGGCAGCCGUGGCGACCUGGUUGCCGAGAUGGCCGCUAUGAACGCCGUCAAGUUCAACGGCGGUGGUCACCUGAACCACUCGCUGUUCUGGGAGAACCUCGCCCCCCAGAGCCAGGGUGGCGGUCAGCUCGACAGCGGUAGCCUGCGCACGGCUAUCGAGCAGGACUUUGGCAGCGUCGACUCGAUGAAGGAGAAGUUCAUCGCGGCGCUCGCUGGUAUCCAGGGCAGUGGCUGGGGCUGGCUCGCCUACAACAAGACGAACGGCAAGCUCGACAUUGUCACCACGGCCAACCAGGACGUGCUUAUCUCGCAUGUGCCGCUGCUCACGAUCGACGCGUGGGAGCACUCGUUCUACCUGCAGUACAAGAACGACAAGGCCACGUACUUUAAGAAGAUCUGGGAUGUGAUCAACUUUGAGACGGCCGAGAAGCGUCUCAAUGCGGUGAAGAACUAG